AUGGAGAAAAAUACAGCUCCCGAAAAUACGGCGCCUGACAAUUGUGCGUCAAACGAUGCUCUGAAGCAUAUUCCGACUGAUAGGUUGGUUGUUACUUUGAUAGAGGAGUUGGCUAAGAGGGUUGAGGUGCUGGAACGGCGACGCGCUGAUACGGAGAAGAUUGAUAAGGAGGGGUUGAAUGCGGGGCGGGGGACGAUUUCUGAUGAGGUCGUUAUAAAUCUUCCCGAUAUCAAACCUGGGGGAAACGAUGAUAUACACUCGGAUUCCUGGGCUUGUGAAAAGCAGUUAUGUCGGAUUUUACCGUAUGGUCACCGUUUUGUUGACGGCUUUGAAUCAGAUAUUGUCGAAAUCAGUUUGGAUUAUCUCUCAAAUGGCGACGCUGGCCUUGCUGCGAGGCUUGAAGAGCUGGGGAUUGCAGGCAUUCCCGAUGAUAAUCGACGUAUCUUCUUGGAAAAAUUUCAAGAGAAGGUUGAAGAGAAGGAGGUUCUCGUUCGUGCAUACGCUGUCAAGCUCCGUGAGAAUGGGGGUAAUUUUGCGGUCGUUGAUUUCGAAGAUGGAUACCGGCCUGUGAUUUACGAACUUGGAACCCUCGACAUGACUCAGCAAAAGUCGAAAGCAACGCCUAUGAAUAGAAACCAACAGGGGAAUACAUUUUAUGUUAGGGGCGAGUCCAAAUGGAUAGAUGACGUUCUGGGUUCCUUGAUUCUUCCCUGCGCUGCUAUCGACGUCUCGCAUGUCAACGCUUACUCAACUCAUUGUCCUUAUACUUUACCGCUUCACUUCCAGCAAUUUGCUUCUAUAGCUGCAUGGCACAGGUUGAUGUAA